ACGAACUCAAUCCUAAAAUCUGAUCAAAAUUCGUAACCCUCUCACUCUCUCUACGCAAAAUGUCAGGCUACCCACACCAUCCUCCCGGCUACGGCUACGGAGCGCCGCCGCCGCCUUCGCAGCAGCAUGGAAGUCAGCCCUACGGCUCGGCCCCUUACGGUGCACCUCCACCACCACAGGGUUACGCCACCCCGUACGGCGCGCCACCGCCACCACAGCCGCACGGGCAGUCGCCAUACGGGGCCCAGCCCUACGGCGCCGCGCCCUCCGCCCCGCCCUACGACCACAAGCCCCCUAAGGACCAGUCCUCUGUAGCAACCGCCUACCCCCCAUCGGCGCAGGGCUACUCCCCGUUCGCCGCGCUGGUGCCCUCCGCCUUCCCGCCCGGCACCGAUCCCAAUGUCAUCGCCUGCUUCCAGAUUGCCGACCAGGAUGGCAGUGGCCUCAUCGACGAUAAGGAGCUGCAGAGGGCUCUCUCUUCUUACAAUCAGAGCUUCAGCUUGAGGACCGUCCAUCUUCUCAUGUAUCUCUUCACCAAUUCCAACUCCAGGAAAAUCGGACCUAAGGAAUUCGCUGCAUUAUUUUACAGUCUUCAGAGUUGGAGGGACAUUUUCGAGAGAUUUGAUAGGGACAGGAGUGGCAAAAUUGAUUCAAAUGAGUUGCGAGAUGCACUUUUGAGUCUGGGAUUCUCUGUCUCACCGGUGGUUUUGGAUCUGCUUGUGUCUAAGUUUGAUAAAACUGGAGGCAAAAACAAGGCCAUUGAAUAUGAUAAUUUCAUCGAGUGCUGUCUUACAGUUAAGGGACUAACUGAGAAAUUCAAGGAGAAGGAUAAAUCGUACUCUGGUUCAGCAACUUUCACUUAUGAGGCCUUCAUGCUGACUGUUCUGCCGUUCCUUGUUGCAUAGGAUGUUAAUGCUCUUUGGAUUCUGGUUUGGAGUGUUUUUCCGUAAAUGAUGCAACCUUAUAUUCCAGCUUUAGUGAGAGCUCUGUGUUAUUGUGCAUGCAUGUUCUUGUUCAAUUUUAAAACUCUUGUAUAAGUGUUUCUAUGCUAUGUAAUUUGCUGGCAAAUUUCUCAA